AUUCGACCAGAUUAAGGCCCGGUAAUGCAUUAAUCGGCCUCAAGAAUUAUCUUCUUGGGCAGUCCAAGAUCUGAAUUACCGGAAUCCUUUGAGCUCCCCAGUCUAUCCACACUCCACUGCCACACAUCGACACGAGUAAACACUUGCUUGCUCGACAAUCAUGACGUUUUGGCUCUUUCAGUAACGAAUAAUAUUUCCGAGAACCUUCCUGUACAUAUAACAAAAUAGAGAUAUUAAAGCCAUGGUGAGGAUAAUUCCAAUGGCGUCGUCGAUCCGGCCGUCGCUCUCAUCGCUCAGGUUCUCUGGCAGCUCGCGCUUUGGCAUCUCUCUCUUCUCCCAGAAUCCUUGCCGUAGACUCGCUUCUCUACAUCUUGGUGGCGCAGUUCCACAGUUGCAAUCUUUUGGCUUUAAAGCUACUAAUAACAUGCAUCGAGAAAAGGGUGGGAGUAUGUCAUUGAGUGCAGCUGGAAAUAUGACACGCACAAGCACUACUGCUACUAAUGAAAAUGUCUUAGAUUGGGUUAAAAGAGACAAAAGAAGAAUGCUUCACGUUGUUUACCGGGUUGGAGACUUAGACAGAACAAUAAAGUUCUAUACUGAGUGCCUAGGGAUGAAGCUUUUAAGGAAACGUGACAAUCCUGAGGAAAGAUAUACAAAUGCCUUUCUUGGAUAUGGACCAGAGGAUUCUCACUUUGUUAUUGAGCUCACUUACAAUUAUGGGGUUGACAAAUAUGAUAUUGGAUCUGGUUUUGGCCAUUUUGGGAUUGCUGUUGAGGAUGUUACAAAGACAGUGGAUCUCAUAAAGGCUAAAGGCGGAAAAGUAACCAGGGAGCCUGGUCCCGUCAAAGGUGGAAGCACAGUAAUUGCUUUUAUUGAGGACCCUGAUGGUUACAAAUUUGAACUUUUGGAGAGGGGCCCUACGCCUGAGCCCAUGUGUCAAGUAAUGCUUCGAGUUGGAGAUCUUGAUCAUGCCAUAAAUUUUUAUGAGAAGGCAUUUGGCAUGGAGCUUCUUCGCACACGUGACAAUCCUGAAUACAAGUAUACCAUUGCAAUGAUGGGCUAUGGCCCUGAAGAUAAGAACGCAGUUAUGGAGUUGACUUAUAAUUAUGGUGUUACUGAAUAUGACAAGGGGAAUGCUUAUGCACAGAUUGCAAUAGGCACAGAUGAUGUUUAUAAAACAGCAGAAGCAAUAAUUCUCUGUGGGGGAAAGGUUACCAGGGAACCAGGACCGCUACCCGGCAUCAAUACUAAGAUUGUAGCUUGUGUUGAUCCUGAUGGCUGGAAGACGGUUUUUGUUGAUAAUGUCGAUUUUACCAAGGAAUUGGAGUAAAGCAAUGAGGGACUCGGUCAUAACUCAAAUGUAGACCUUCGUGCCAUCACCAAUCAUUCUGCUUUAUGGGGAUCGACUAUAGAAAAUUGUAACAUCUAACAUUGUAGAUGCAUUAGUCGUUUUGUAAGCUAAAACUACAUUGCAGCUUAACUUUCUUAUACAUCAUACAACAUAAGUUGAAAACUAGAACAUCACUUCUUAAAUUGUCCACACUGUAGUAUACCGGCAGUAAACUGCAUAGUGAUUUUUUAAUCCCA